UUAAGUCAUUUUUUAUAUUUUUUAGUUUUAUUAUAAAUAACAUGGAAGAUGCAAAAAAAGUGCAGGAAAAGUUUUUGGAGGAUAUAGUAAGAUCUAAUGAAGAUACAAAAAGUUCUAAAUGGGAAAAAAUUUCCCAAAAUUUAGAAGAUUCUGUUGGAAAGUAUGGAUUUGAAAUUAAAUUCCUUUCAGUUUCACACUGCCUUUUGGAGUCUUUACAAGGACUGUAUUUGGAUGAUAAAAGAGGAGUGCUGGAGAAACACCUGGAUAAGUUAGAGAAUGCAUUUUAUUGUUUGUCAUUGUACGCAUUGAACUUGUGUCGAAAGCCCACUAAAAAAGAUUAUCAUUUCAUCAAAACAUACACUGGUUUUUACACAUGCAACGUUGCCUCAGUAAUGAAAGGUUCCGAUGUCGCCAUCCUACAGUCGAUGGGUUAUGCGAUAUCCUCAGAGACAGAAAAUGACGACGAAUUUUAUCUUAACCACGUAAACCGAUAUGUUUGUGAUCUCGCAUUUCAGCUAUAUUUAUCGCAGUUGUAUUGCCGUCGAUUAAAAAUGGUAACCUUAGCUGUUAACGAGAAUGGCUACUCUGAUGAUAUUGCGUUAAAAGUGUUUGAUCAUUUAGAUAAACCUGAAUUUGAUAUGGAACAAAUUUUUGAUUAUUGUCGAAUGCUCACUAAAGAUAAAGAAAAAGGACUCGGCGAAGAUUAUCCACGUAGUAUGGAAUACAUUCGUCGUAAUGAUAUGCCUUCCUUGGCGACAGAAGAUGUUCCUGAUGAGUUACUUUAUGGUGCUUCCCCCCCACGACAUUCACCACACGGAUAUGAGAAUAAUAUUCCAUAUCACCAAAACAUUACGUACCCACCAUCUUAUAGAGGUUACAGUUCACCAGCUGACAAUAAGGAUCCUGCUACCCCAUUCAGAUAUCCAGGUAUUUACAACCAGUAUGAUACCUCGCCUUCACCGGAAACACCUUCAACUAACAGUGUCUAUUCUACACAACGAGAUGGAAGCCCUGUUUAAGUAAAAUCAGUUUGUUGUGUACAACAAGUAUUUAUAGUAAUUUAAAAUUGCAAGAAUCAACAAUACUUCUUUUUGUUUGUAACAGAAACGUACUUUAUGGCUACGAAGGCUUAACUUUUAAGAAUAGAUUUUAUGUAACUUUUCGUCCGUUUUUUGCUAUAUAUGGUGUACUGCAAGCGCGGUAAAAUUUAAAAAAUACCUACCUACAUACCUAAGGGAUUAAUUUUCGCGAAUUUCGCUAGUUUCUGCGAAAGUUAGUUUAUUUGUUAUUAUUUGUUUGUUUUUCUACUGAUUUACGUAGAACAAGGAACAAGAUAUAUGUAAAUUUACCAUACAUGAAAAACGAUAGAAAAUAAGAAAAAAAUGAAAUCAAAUUAUUUUUUCACGAUAUAAUUCUCACGAAUUAUUGGGACUUGCCAACUUUGCGAAAAUUAAUUUCUCGCGGAAAUUAAAUUUUAUUUUCAAAAAAUUUUUCGAGAAAAUUAAUUCCCUUAAGGCAUAAAUCUUUCGCUUCCUGCCCUCCUAUCUCGAUGUCGUGAGGUCAAAAACUUGCCAGCUAAUGGACCAAGUUAAGGUAAUUUCCUACCAAAAUGUUAUUCUAUUCUUUUUGUAUGAGUGUAUUUAAUGUAGUGCAACUUCGUUAACAUUCCCCUUAGAAUACAACUUUUUUAUAAGGAACAUGAGCCUGAGAGUACAGGUACUUUUAAACUCGUGAAUUUUUAAAAAAAUUAAAAAUAUAUAUUCAUAAAUUGACAGGAUCCUUGCUAAAAAGUGUUUUAGGAGCAUAAAACAGAAGUCGAGCCCUAUAAAUUUCAGAAAUCUCUUCAAAGUUCAAACAAUCAGGCUAAAAACCAUAAAGCGUGUUUCUUAUAAUAAUAUAUAUGCAGGAUUGGUGCAGUGAUUUAUUUUUUACUUCGCCAAAAUUUACUUAUUUUAAAUUUCGUAACAAUAUGUAAAUUUUUUUGUUUUGUUUUAUCAAUAACAGUAACUUCAAUUUAA